GAGGGUCGAAAUUGCCCAAGUCAUCAUCAUCAUCAUCAUCAUCUUGCUUUUAAUUGCGAGCGAGACUUUUCAAAAUCGAUCUCUCAACUCAACUAUCCGCCGCCUCCGACUCACUCAGCUUUUAACAUGUCGUCCACGGCCGUUGAAUACCCGGGGCUGAGCUUGGCCCCGCCCGCCUGGUUGAAACCCGCCGCUGGGCUGGGCAUGGGCUCAGCCCCCAGUGGGGCGAGCACCGAAAUGUCCACGGGCACCACUCUCGUGGCCGUGGAGUACGCGGGGGGCGUGGUGUUGGGCGCGGACUCGCGCACCUCCAUGGGCACCUACGUGGCCAAUCGCACCACGGACAAGCUCACGCCCGUCACGGAGCGCAUUCUGGCCUGUCGGUCCGGAUCGGCGGCCGACACGCAGGCCGUCACGGAUGUGGUCAAGUACAAGUUGGCCUUCUUGGAGAUCGAGAGCGGGCGUCCGGCGCCCGUCCACACCGCGGCCUUCUUGUUCAAGGACAUUUGUUACGAGUACCGCGACAGUCUGACGGCCGGCAUCAUCGUGGCCGGUUGGGAUGAGAAGAAAGGCGGACAAGUGUACAGCAUUCCCCUGGGCGGGAUGAUGGUUCGCCAGGGCGCCACCAUUGGCGGGUCCGGCUCGUCCUACAUCUAUGGUUACAUGGACGCCAACUACAAGCCCAACAUGACGCGUGAGGAGGCCUUGGACCUGGUGAGCCGAUGCGUCACGCUGGCCAUCAAUCGCGAUGGAAGCUCGGGCGGUUGUUGUUUUAUGGCUGCCGUGGACAAAAAUGGUGUGGAGCGAAAGACCAUCCUUCAUACCGACCUGCCCACCUUUUGAACAGGGUUUUAGUUAUUACUCCCGUUUUUCCCCCAAAGUUGGCCCACAAUAAACCAUUCUUAAGUACCAUGA